UUAGCUAUUCUAUAAGACGGUUUGUCUAUGCGCUGUCUUACGUACAUUUCUCAAACACCUGGACAGUUUUUAAGAACAAUGUUUGACUUUAUAUUAAUUUUUAAAUUAACGCAAACUAUGAAACUAUUUCCUAUCUUAAAAUUUGAACAAAAGUUGUAAUCGGUGCUGAAGCAGGUGCGAUGACUUUUCACUUACAAUUCAAACUUCAAUGAUAUAAGAAUGUUGGUUCAGUGCGCUUUUAAGGAGAUUGUUCUUUCGGUAUUUCUCAUCUGGUGUAUUUGGAACCAAUGUUGCCGAGCAACCAACCCAAACACUAUUGACUUGCAGGAUCCAAAUAGGACUCACUUAGAUGCUAGUGAUAAUGACGAUGGUGAUGCUAGUGAUGAUAAUGAAGUGAGUUAUGCAGGAGUGAGUUUCAACUAUGAUAAGCACGUGGAAGAGAUGAUGAGCAGAUUCCUGCCCGCCACUCACAAACCAUUCAUCAGAGGAAAUACUAUCUUCGCAUUUGCAGAGCUGUACGCCAUACUCAGUGUAAACGAAGUUUCGGAGACAAUAACGACAAAGUUGGCUGUUUACGAGAGCUUUUAUCUCGAAAACCUAGAUCAUGCUACGUGGAUAGAGUACUUGGGCCCUAACAUAACCCAAGUGACCCCUGACUCAGACAACGUUUGGAGACCCGACUUAGUUAUACUGAACAGUGUGCAGAACUUCAAAUCGUGGAGCAACCCCGUGAUAAUGCUUUAUUGUGAAGAAUAUGAGAUGGCGAAUGGUGAAAUAGCGGGGUGUAAUAAACACUCUCCUCUGGUGAUGUUUCCCUAUGCUCUGACGGAGACAACUAGCUGUGUGUUUGACGUGACCAACUUCCCCUUUGACACACAGAAGUGUCACAUAGAUUUUGGUCCCUGGUUCACCGAGCCUCUACCAAAUUCAAACGUUUCCUCCGGGGAUAUAUCGGAUCCCUACAUUCUUCGACAUCCUGCAACAG